GACAACGCAACAUGAAACAUUGCAUGAAACACAGUAUACUAAAUAUCUAUUUUGUUAAUUGAUUUAAAGUGUUAAGUUUAAUUUUGGUUUCAAUAAUCAAUAUCAAAAAGUUUUGCAUAUUCUGUUGAGUUUAGCAUUUAAAAGUGACAGUGAAAAUCAACAUUUGUUAAUUGUCAAUAUGAACGCAAAACGUUGUAAAGAGACGGAAAAACUGUCUCGAUCAUCACAAAUCCCUGAUGAAUCUAAAAUGGAUCCCAACAAAUUGAAUGUUGAUAAAAAUAAUGAAAACGGAAAUGGAAAUAUUAAUACUUAUUCUUUAACACUUGAUUCAAAUUGUAAUUCAAAAAUAUUAUUACUAAAACUAAUGUUUGGCAAAGGUAUGCUCGAAAAAACAAAAACCAAUGUAACUCCAUUAGUCGUCAAGGUUCAAGUUUGCCACCCUGAUUUAACUGAUCAAAAACCACAGGAAAAUCUUGCGAAGAAAUCAAGACCAUUAAGUACUGAACGUGUACGACAAUAUCGUGCUAGACAACGUGAAAAAAAAUUACAAGAAAAUCAUGAUGCUCGAUUAGCUUCAACAUGUUCACCUGUUUCAAGUACUGAACGUUCACGGCAAUAUCGUGCUAGACAACGUGAAAAAAAAUUACAGGAAAAUCCUGAUGCCAUAUUAGACUUAAAACCAACUACUUCAUCAGGUACGGAACGUUCACAGCAAAAUCAAAAUCCGGAUGAACGAUUAAUACAAAACAAAACGAGUACAAGUUAUCCUACUCCCUUAAUCGUCGAGGCUAAAGUAUAUAAUCAUGAUUCCGACGAUGAGAAAUUACAGGAAAAUCCUGCGAAAAAAUCAAGACCAUUAAGUACUGAACGUGUACGACAAUAUCGUGCUAGACAACGUGAAAAAAAAUUACAAGAAAAUCAUGAUGCUCGAUUAGCUUCAACAUGUUCACCUGUUUCAAGUACUGAACGUUCACGGCAAUAUCGUGCUAGACAACGUGAAAAAAAAUUACAAAAAAAUCAUGAUGCUCGAUUAGCUUCAACAUGUUCACCUGUUUCAAGUACUGAACGUUCACGGCAAUAUCGUGCUAGACAACGUGAAAAAAAAUUACAAGAAAAUCCUGAUGCUAUAUUAGACUUAAAACCAACUACUUCAUCAAGUACGGAACGUUCACAGCAAUAUCGAAACCUAGAUAAACGAUUAAUACAAAACAAAACGAGUACAAGUUAUCCUACUCCCUUAAUCGUCGAGGCUAAAGUAUAUAAUCAUGAUUCCGACGAUGAGAAAUUACAGGAAAAUCCUGCGAAGAAAUCAAGACCAUUAAGUACUGAACGUGUACGACAAUAUCGUGUUAGACAACGUGAAAAAAAAUCACAAGAAAAUCCUGAUGCCAUAUUAGACUUAACACCAACUACUCCAUCAAGUACCGAACGUUCACAGCAAUAUCGUUCUAGAAAACGAUAAUUUAUAACAAAAUAAUUUAUAAGAAUACAAAAUUUUAUACUCAUUUUUUAUUAUUGUGUAAUUUAAAAUAAUAUUACAAAAUUGCAUAUCACAAAGAAUAUCUUGAAUAGCUAAUAUGUAUAAUUACCAUUUUAUUUUAAUAUAUGGAUCUUACUAGUUAAUGAAAUGAACAAUAAUAUGAAUACCAACCGUAAUAUGAAUUUUCAAUACCAACAAAAAAAACAAUAAAAAGAACUUAUACUUUUAUCACCGCAAUCGCUCCAUAAGAAGUUUCACUUCCCCCGCACGUACUCGCAACAUAAUGCAUAUUUUUUUUAAUUUAGGUUUGAAACAGGAUAUAUUUUUUUAGUUUAGAUAUGGUGCUCGAAAUCAUCCAAACAUGGCAUAUAUAUAUAUAUGAGCAAGUCUACUAAUUCCGAACGUCGAUGUGGGCCUCACUAUCUUCUAUCCUGCUGAAAAUUGAUCAGUCGCAAGACUAGAUUAAUACGGUAAACUCGU